AUGCGUUUCACUGCUACUGCCGCUACUCUGGCCAUGGCCACCACCGUCUCUGCCCACGCUCAGGUCUACAGCCUCUGGGUCAACGGAAAGGACCUCGGCGAUGGUCGCAACACAUACAUCCGAUCUCCCGAGAACAACAACCCCGUCAAGGACCUGGCCAGCUCCGCCAUUGUCUGCAACGUCAACGGUGGAAAGGCUGCUCCCAAGUUCGCCACCGCUGCUGCCGGUGACGAGGUCGCCUUCGAGUGGUACCACAACACCCGAGGUGACGAUAUCAUUGAUGGCUCUCACAAGGGUCCCGUCAUCACCUACAUCGCCCCUUACACCGAGACCGACGGUACCGGUGCUAUCUGGACCAAGAUUGCUGAGAAUGGUCUUGAGGGUGGCCAGUGGGCUGUCGACAAGCUCAUCAAGGACAAGGGCAAGGCUACCUUCACUCUUCCCUCUAGCCUGAAGGCUGGCAAGUACAUCGUCCGCCAGGAGAUCAUUGCUGGUCACGAGGCCAAUGUCGCCUUCAAGGACAACAGCGCCCGUGGUGCUCAGUUCUAUCCCUCUUGCGCCCAGGUUGAGGUUACUGGAUCUGGUACUGCCGUCCCCGAUGAGAACUUUGACUUCCAGACCGGUUACACCUACACCGACAAGGGUAUUGUCUUUGACGUUUACAACGCCCAGUCUUACUCUUUCCCCGGCCCCAAGGUCUGGCAGGGAACCUCUUCCGGCUCUGGCUCUGGCUCCGGUUCCGGCUCCGGCUCCGCUGCCCCUGCCCCUACCGCCGCUGAGACCCAGGCUCCCGCUCCUACUCCUACUUUUUCCACCGUUGUCAAGCCCUCCGAGGAGGCUGCUGCCCCUACUCAGGCUCCUUCCACUCCCGUCACUCCUCCCAAGACCGGCUGCGCUUCUCGCCGCCGUGCUCGCCGUGCUGCCCGCAUGGCUCUGUAA